AUGGCUGCAUCAACUUCCCUUACUACUGAUCAAGCAUAUGAAGAGCCUUUGAGUGAUGUUAUUCCUCCUCGAAAGAUCUCCACGCAUUCAUUAGCCACCUUUACCGCCCUUCUCUAUUCAGUUUGCCUAGAGAGUUCAACAGUAAUUGAAUUUGUCGAAGACACGAAAGUCUUCGACAAAUGUGUCAACGAACAAUUUGCCAUGCUAGAUGGUGAUGGCGAUGGAGUGUUAUCCCGUGAUGAUCUCCAGACGAGAACUGGAAAAUUUGCAUCUGUGGAGUUCGAGUUGCAAUCCAAGGACGAGAUUACAAAUAUGUAUGAUACCCUUUUUGAGAAAUUUGAUGUCGAUCGAAAUGGGAAGAUUGAUCGGGAAGAAUUUAGAUCAUUGAUGAGAGAAAUUGUGCUAGCCAAGGCUUGUGGGCUCGGUCAAUCGCCAGUUCUAGUAAUUCUCCAAGGAGAUAGCCUACUUAUGAGGGCUGUUGAGUAUGGCUUGACUAAAAGAUGUUGA